UGAACAGCGAAGCCAGCGGGGAGCGGGCCGAGGCGGGAGCUUGGCGCUCGCUCGCGCUCCGUUGUUGACACACUCGCCGCCGCGAGACCAACGUUCCAUAGGGAGGAAGGGCCGCUUUGAAAGCUGUUGCGCAGCCAUUGGUACCUGUAUUGGGGAAACAUAGCAUACAAGCAAGAAGCUUACAGCCUCAGUGGCGAAAAUUUUUUCAUGUCAGAGACCGAGAACUCUUGCAGUCGUUUAUGUCAUCCCUUCUUCUCCAGACAGAAGAUACCAAAAAGUUGCAAUCAAAGAUCUCUUCAUCUUAUUGAUAAAGCCACUAAUAAGCCAAAAUGUCUGUCAACGUCAACCGCAGCGUGUCAGACCAGUUCUAUCGCUACAAGAUGCCCCGUCUGAUUGCCAAGGUUGAGGGCAAAGGAAAUGGAAUCAAGACAGUUAUAGUCAACAUGGUUGACGUUGCAAAGGCGCUUAAUCGGCCUCCAACGUAUCCCACCAAAUAUUUUGGUUGUGAGCUGGGAGCACAGACCCAGUUUGAUGUUAAGAAUGACCGUUACAUUGUCAAUGGAUCUCAUGAGGCGAAUAAGCUGCAAGACAUGUUGGAUGGAUUCAUUAAAAAAUUUGUUCUCUGUCCUGAGUGUGAGAAUCCUGAAACUGAUCUGCAUGUCAAUCCAAAGAAGCAAACAAUAGGUAAUUCUUGUAAAGCCUGUGGCUAUCGAGGCAUGCUUGACACACAUCAUAAACUCUGCACAUUCAUUCUCAAAAACCCACCUGAGAAUAGUGACAGUGGUACAGGAAAGAAAGAAAAGGAAAAGAAAAAUAGAAAGGGCAAAGACAAGGAAAAUGGCUCUGUAUCCAGCAGUGAGACACCACCACCACCACCACCAAAUGAAAUCAGUCCUCCUCCACAUGCUGUGGAAGAAGAGGAAGAUGAUGAUUGGGGGGAGGAUACAACUGAGGAAGCUCAAAGGCGCAGAAUGGAUGAAAUCAGUGAUCAUGCAAAAGUUCUGACACUCAGUGAUGAUUUGGAAAGAACAGUUGAGGAGCGGGUCAAUAUCCUGUUUGAUUUUGUUAAGAAAAAGAAGGAAGAGGGUAUUAUUGAUUCAUCUGACAAAGAAAUUGUUGCUGAAGCAGAAAGACUGGAUGUAAAAGCCAUGGGCCCUCUUGUUCUGACGGAAGUUCUUUUUAAUGAGAAGAUUAGAGAACAAAUUAAGAAAUACAGGCGACAUUUUCUACGAUUUUGUCACAACAACAAAAAAGCUCAACGGUACCUUCUUCAUGGUUUGGAGUGUGUGGUAGCAAUGCAUCAAGCUCAACUCAUCUCCAAGAUUCCACAUAUCUUGAAGGAGAUGUAUGACGCAGACCUUUUAGAAGAAGAAGUUAUCAUCAGCUGGUCAGGAAAGACCUCUAAAAAAUAUGUUUCAAAAGAACUUGCCAAAGAGAUUCGUGUUAAAGCGGAACCGUUUAUCAAAUGGUUGAAGGAGGCAGAGGAGGAAUCUUCUGGUGGUGAAGAAGAAGAUGAAGAUGAGAACAUUGAGGUGGUGUAUUCGAAGACUGCCAGUGUACCAAAAGUUGAAACUGUGAAGUCUGACAACAAGGAUGAUGACAUUGAUAUUGAUGCUAUUUAAAAGGAUGGAUGCAACCUAGCUUAACAGUGUAAUGCUGCAAAAUUUUCUCCAUUAUCAGCCAGAAGUGCAACAUGUAUGUGCAAAAGCUAAAAAAGGCUUAACAUCAUGCUACACUUUAUACUAAAAAUCUGUUGCUGUGAGUGGUCUGUAAUUAAGCCCAAUGAGACAUCUAGGGAGUCCAUACACAUAUCAGUGAGCAGAUGUAGUUUGCUUAUUUAUAGCAUGUUUCUUUUUGAAAAACUAGUGGUGGACACAUUUGGAUCACAUUUAUACAGUUAAAAAACAUAAAGAUUUGAUUUUGGUCAUUCUUCAGAUUUUUGGCUUUGAAUGACUUAAGCUGAAGUAAUUGGCUCCUGUUUAAAGUGUUGCAUCAUCAUUUAACCAUUCUUGGAGCCUGUUAGAUAUUGUUAGGUGCUGAGACUGUAAAGAGAUCUUCAGCAGGAUGUAAAACAUAAACUUAUUUGUAAUUACCUUAUUCAUGCAUUGAGAAACAAGUACUUCUAAGAUUUAGCUCCAGUCCCUCAAAUUGGCAUCUGGUAACAUACAUUCCGAGAUAGACUGAAAAUUAAAUGGCAGUGCAACAUCUUACCAAGAAGUGAAAAUGACCUGAGUGUCUUAUAAGUCAUUUUAAUAGCAGGUUUUGAAACUGGGAAUUGUUUUAUUUCCCCAGUAUGUGUACACUUACCCCCAAAUGGUAGUCUUUGGAGUUAUGUGCAUUGCAGGUUGGAUGAGUCAGAAAUGAUUAGAUUAACAAAUAAGCAUUUUAUGUGUAUGUUGUGGUUGGUUGCUUUGUACUGAGAAAACUCAUUUUGAGGUGUGAUUAAGCAGUAAACUGAUUUUAUAUGGGGAAACAGGAAAAGGUGUGCUUAAUCUCUAAUAAAAAUUUAGCAUGAUUUUUCAGCUUUUAUCCUUCUGAUUUAAAUUUCAAUCUCCAAAUGUUUAGACAUUGUAUCUUUUGUUCAGUGUUUUUUUUUUUUUUUUUUUUUUCUUUUGUGGUUUGUUAUUUAAUAAUGUCUUUUACAUUUGGACACAAUGCUCCUGCUUUUAGAUUUUGGUUGCUAUCUUGCCAAAAUAAGUGUUACUGUGUUUCAAACUUGAUUUUUUUUUUUUCCUCCAAAAUGUCUUAUUUUAAAAGAAGCAAAGCUAAAAGCAUACUACUAAGUCAGAGCCUCUAUUUUGGUGUAAGACUUGGGAUUUUUUUUUUUUUUUUUUAAACCUCACAUUGAAUAUAACUAGGCACUGGAGUUGUAAUGAUGGGCACUUGAAUGCAGGUAACUGGGGCCUGCACAGACCAUCCAGGGCUUUAGAUUGGACAUACAAGAGUUGAUAACAUCUUUGUGAAUUCCUUGCCCAGUUAGCUGAUCAUACUCCAUAUGGGUUCUGACUAUAUUUGCAUAAUAAUCUUCAAGCAUUACUCCUUUCCACAAAAAGCGCACAGUGGGAAUUGAGAGUUCAUACGGUUGUUUUUGUUAAGAGCCACUGGCUUAUGUCAUUCAUCUCAUUUCUUAUCUCACAAAUUAUGAGCUCUUAAAAACAAAUAAUGUGUACAAAUUUUUCACAGUAAAAUUACUCAUUUUAUGUAAUAAAACCUUGCUAGCUUGAUAUUUUAAGGAAUUGAAACCUAGCAAUCUUACUGGAGAUAAAAGAAUGUAUCUCUAGCUGCCUUUGAUGGAUUCUGGUGAGAAUAGUGGAGUGGGAGCUAAAUACCUGGAGAGAAUAUGCUUUGUCACACCAAAGAGGGGAGACAUUUUUUGCAAAUUUGCAUGCUGCCUAGGUUUCAAAUUCUUUACUGCAAGGCUGAUUUGCUUUCAUUAACUGAAAUUCUAUAGGAGAUAUUGGUGACCUAAGCUAAGUUGCACUUAGCAUAUUCAGUGUCAAGCUGAGGUUCUGUUGUAAAGCUUUUACUUUUAAUCUAAAGGAAAACAUGUCAGGGCUUCUAAACACUAAAGAGAAAUCGUUGGCUUAGACCACUGUUCGGUCCGGUGCCAAACUUUCAGUGGAAUUCAAAUUCACAUAAUCUGAACUUGAUUCACAGAUUAUCCUAAUAGAGUAAUUCUUUACUUUGCUCUAUUGAACUGUCUUAAAAUUUCCUGUUUCAAACAGCUAAGUUACUUGAUUAAAAUAAUAUUAAAAUU